UGACUCUCUUUUUUUUUUUAUUGUGUUUCUCCUUAUAAAGAAGCUAGCUUUGUUGUAACGAGUUGUGAACUACCUUCUUUUGCUAUCUAGUUUUGAGUUGAAAGAAGAUUGGUGAGAAGGUAUGGGAAACCCUGAUGCAGAUCAUUCUGCGUACGAGUCUCAACAGAUUCAAACGGAAUACGAGCUACAGCCUCAGGAAUAUGAGCCUAACCAGGAAGCUACACCGAUUCCUGAUCAAUAUUUGGCAGCAACUUAUCAGAACAAUCAACAGGGGAUGCAGUACCAGGCUCAGCAGAUGGGCACAGUUGGAAAUGAUCCUCAGACUCAGCAACAACAGUUCCAGCCACAGCAGCAGCCACCACCAUCUCAGCAGCAGCCACCACCAGCUCAGCAGCAGCCAACACAAUAUCCCCCACAGCAGCAGCCGACACAAUACCCUCCACCGCAGCCUAACCAAGCCUAUCCUCCGCCUCAGCAGGCACAAUACCCACCCCAAAACUUUCAAAACAAUCCAAUGUAUCAAAAUAGGCCGAACCCGAACCAGCCUGCAGCAUAUCCACCACAGCCAGUGCAGUACCCGCCCAAGAGCCCGCCAACCAAUCAGAUGUACUCAAAUGUAAGCCCAGGGGUGAUGCAACCUCAGACCGUCUACGCUCCUAACGCUUCACCACAAGCAUUUCCUCAACCUGCUUACCUGCCUGUACAGUGUCCGGGUAUGCCACCUGUAUCACCACAUAAACCCGGUGGUCAACCUGCUGCUGUAGCCGGAAUCCCAGUUGCUGGAGACGGUUGGAGAAGUGGCCUUUUCGAUUUCAUGGAUGAUCCAAUGAAUGCUCUAGUGACAGCCUUUUUCCCAUGCUUGACAUUCGGCCAGAUCGCUGAAAUUGUGGAUGAUGGCCACACAACUUGUGGAACCAGUGGACUGCUUUAUGGUGCGAUCGCCUUCUUAAUUGGAAUGCCAUGCCUAAUGUCAUGCACGUACCGGACCAAACUAAGAAACAAGUUCGGGCUCCCGGAGGCUCCAGCCGCAGAUUGGGUCACUCACUUCCUUUGUGAAUGGUGUGCUCUUUGCCAAGAGUACAGGGAGCUUCAACAUAGAGGCUGGGAUCCUUCUAUAGGAUGGCAAGGAAACCUGGGAAGGAACCAGAACAUGCAGCCAGUGCCAGUAAUGAUGGCACCAAUGAACCAAAGAAUGAUGCCUUGAUGAUGAGCAAUUGAUUUUCCCCAAUGGCUUUGAUUUGUUUGUUCAAGUGUUUUGUGUUUGGAUUGCCUAUAUUUUCGAGUCAAAUGCUCCUAAUUUAAUUUUUAUCGAGAAAACCAAAUUCUCAACAAUUAUGUCUCGUUUUAAUUGCUUUCUCAAUGAAAUUUUAUGUUAA